GAGAGUUAGAGGCAGCUGGUGAGUCAAGUGUUGAGGUGUAGAAGUCGUGUUUCUGUCAGUCUAGUUGGUUAGUCAGAGGCAGCUGGUGAAUCAGUGUUGAGGUGUAGAUGUCAUGUUUAUAUAUAAGUCAGGUGUGUUUAGGGUACUGUAGCCAGCCAGCCAUGUCAGUUAGAGGCAGCUGGUGAGUCAGUAUUGACAUAUUUUUCUGAUAGUGAGGCAUCUAUUAAACCAAUCAUGACUUUAUUAACUGUUAUUCACCAUUCAGUUAUCAGUCAGUCUGUCUAUCAGCCUGUAACUUUUCUGCUUAGCCAACAUAUCAGCCAAUAAUGCAGUUCAAUAAGGAAUUCAGUCAUUUAAUAUGCAGGUUGUUUAAAAGUGACAUCUAGUAUUCAGUAGCCAAUAAGUAUGAUGUUCACUUGAUGUUUAACCCUCCUACCAUUCCCUCCUGAGCUUUGUUAGUGAGGUCAAUCCUUCUGGUGUUUUGUUGGGCAUCUGUGUCUCAUUCAAGGUGUCAAGGUCUGCAAUCACCACUCCCUCCUUGCUCCCUGGUGUUCCCUUUCAUUUGGGCGGGGAUUUCUGGUGGUGUGGGUCGUGGGGUUGUAGAUCCACCUGGCUUCUUAUCCCCCUACCAAGAUACUGUAUGUGGGUGUGUGUGUCUGUGUGUGUGUGCGUGUGUGUGUCUGUGUGAGUGGGUGUGUGUAUUCUGUUCUUCAUCCAUCUGUACUUGACUGUUUGAGUGUUUGUGGGUAGGUGUGUGUGUGGGUUGUGUGCUGUCUCGCCAUCUGUACUUGUUGACUGAAUGUUUGAGUGUGUGUGUGUGUGUUUGUGUUCUGUCUCUCAUCCAUCUGUCCUUGUCAACUGUCUGAAUGUGUUUGUUUUUUGACUCAUCUGUACCUCUUGCGUAACUGUCUGCUUGUCUGGGAGUGUGUACUGUACCAUCAGCUGUCACUGUCGUACUGUCCAUUGUCACUCAAACAUGUACCAAGUAAUGAUGUGUAGAUAACUUACAUUUGUAUAUCAUAUUGUAGCAGCUGUAAUUGUUUGUCUGUGUGUUGACAUUGUGGCAUUGUGUAUAAGUGUGUCUGUUUGUUUAUGUGUGAGUGUUCAUGUAUGUAUGUGCUUGUGUGUGGUGGUCCUCUCAUUCCCAACAUUCUCUUCCCUUCCCGACCUCCCCAAACCUGCCGCUGCUGUCACGUUGUCUUGGUGGAGGCAGAUGCAGGUGAGAUUCUCUGGACUGAUCCUCCACUCCCUGCUGACUCUGAACACACCAGUAAGGGCUGUAUGCUGCCCACUUAUUCCCCACAAAGCAGUUAUAUUUAGUCACAGAAUGGGUUUGGUAACUUCUCCUUUCUUGUUUUCUUUUUUCUUCCUUUUUUCGUGAUGUAAUGCACUGAGGUGGUAUUAAAUACUCUGCUUUAUUUUUUUGGGUUGAAGAUUAAGAGUUGUGUCACAUUUUGGCUUGUGAAAUUUAAUGAAGUCUUUGUGGGGUUUUGCCUCUUGAUAAUUGCCAGUAUAAUUGAAGAUCUUUCGUGGAACUUGAAAAAAAAAAAGAAAAAAAAUCGCAUCUUGCCUCUCAAGUGGUGGUGUUUCAAGAUAUUUAUUCAUUGACACACUCUUGUUUUUACCUCUGAAAUUUGCCACUGGUGUUUCAAAAGAUGUAUUCUCUGACACACACACUUGAUGAUUCAUGACCCUGCUUGUCCCCUGGGCCGUGUGUUGAAGGUUGUGUCUCGAGGUGCCAGAGUGGUGUGACUGGUGCCUUUCUCUGUAGCAAGGUUACAGCUUCCUGCCGUCACCUCCCCACGCUCGUCCCUCACCACCCUCAUCUUUCAUCACUCCCUUACCUCUCAAAACUCCUUCACUGAAAGUGCAGAAUCUGGUCUUAAGCACAUCACACAAUUAUGAGGUGAAGUUUGUCUAGUUUUGAGAGGUGAGGAAGUGAGAUGAUGGGUGGCUGCUGUGUGGGUACUUGUGGGUGGUUGUUUUGCUGCGGUGUGACCCAUGGUGUGACCCAGGACCUCCCUACUUCUUCCCCUGCCCUUUACCUGUGUUCUUGGUGGGGCUGGGGUGACCUGACUUGACCAGCUUCCACCAUACAUCCUGAAGGAAGGGCGGUGACAACGGUCAUUUUCAGGUGUGGGUGUGGGGUACGGGACCCUGCCUGGCCAUGGGUUCCUCUGAGGCCACCAUGCUCAGGCCGCGACCCAUCGAGGAGCUGUCUGGACUGAGGGUGGUGGACAUAUCUGCCGGUGACUCACAUGUUCUGGCCCUCACUCAUGAGUCUGAGGUGUACGCAUGGGGCUCCAACACAAUGGGUCAGUGUGGGCAGGGGCACACUAUCUCACCCCUGCUGCGGCCCAAGAAGGUGAUGGGCCUGGAUGUGGCAGUGCAUCAGAUCAGUGCUGGCACCACUCACUCCAUUGCCUGGACUGCCAUUCCCACUGACAGGCGUGUGGUGUCGUGGCACCGGCCCUUCUGCGUGGACCUGCAGGAGGGCACCUUCUCCCUCCUGCGCACCUUUAUUGAGCUCUACUGCUGCUUUGAUGCCUUUGACACGCCCAUCAAGCCCUUCGCCUCUGUAAGAGACCAGGAGAAGUUUGUGUUGCUGUGCCUGCAGCUGCUCAACACACACCUGUCCCUGGCGCUGACGGGAGGCAUGGCCCAGGCGGUGCUUGGGGCUGAGGCGACACCACUCAGGGAGCUGCUUUUCAGACUGGUGGAUGCUAAGUUACCACGGGCCAUUGAGGCAGAGGUGUGUGAGGGCCUCAGCUCCCCCCUGCUGCUGCCUCCUCUCGCCUCACGCAUGAGUCUCCUCUACGGCCUGCUGCCAAAGUCACCUGAGGACUGGGGGCAGCUCACCUAUGGCCAGAGGCUGCAGCUGGGCAUCCUGGUGGUGAGCCUGGAGGACCCGAGUCAUGUGGCUGCCCUCCUAGGCUACAGCUCCUCUGAGGAUGCCCCCGCCUCCCUGCAGGAUCCUUCUGCCACCUUGCCUCGGGACCUGAUGCGCACCCUGCUGGCCAACCUCAGAUUCCAUACUGAACAUCAACUCAAGCAAAUUCUGGAGGAGGAGAGGCCUGCCAAGAGCAACACACUGAAGGUCAAACCCCGAGCACCACAGAAACUGAAACCCCACGAGGACCUGCCGUCAGGAGCGAGCCCUGUGCCGCCCAUCCAGAUGUCUCCCACACAUGUCACCGACACCACCAGAGAAGGAGAUGAAGGAGCAGGGACAGGGACAGGCACAGGGCAGGGGCAGGACAAGGGUGAAGCGCCCCACCGACAGCAGCACGUUGACUCCCAGCUGGGCGGCACACACCCUCAGCACCUCCUCCGCCUGCUCUCCACCCUUCACUCCCACCUGCUGGCCUAUUGCACCCACCACCAGUUUGAGGAGAACUCCCCCAGUAUGCGUCUCCUCCAUGAGCACCUGCGGGAGUUGUUUGAGAUGUGUGGGGACCUGCUGAGCCAAACAUCCUCCCUCCUGUCCUCACACCCCGGCUUGGCCCACCUCAUACAUGACGUUGUGUACCGCAGUGUGAGUGGCUGGGUGUUGGCACAUGUGGUGUAUGCACUGCUGCUCUUCCCGGCCAGGUUGGUGCGGCCUCUCCUCGGCCCCCUCAGAGCCCUCCUGCCUAUCCUGGACUCCACCAACCGCACCAUUGCCAACGUCACCUCUUUCACCGAUCAGGAGGAUGUUACAUCAGAAGAAGUAGACACACCCACCCCAGACACCGUGAAGAGCGUUGGGGGCGGCGUGGUGGGGCGACAGUGGGUGUGGCUGCUGGAUGUGGAGAGAGCGUGUGGCCUGGUGGUGGGGCGGUGCCUGGAGGGGAUGCUGCUUGGGCCUCCGCUCACCCCCAGUGAACUGAGGAGCAAGGACUGGCUCUCCCUGCAGCUGUUCUCUUGUGGUCUGGCCAGUGAAGUUCGGUGUCCUGAGAAGGUGAGCUCUGCCAUCAGCCAGGUGGUGGGGCUGGUGGAGUGUGGGCGGGAGGUGGUGGUGGAGGCGAUGCAUAACCUUGUCACCACAUACCCUCAGCUCACUUCCCCGCUCAUCACCAUCCUUGAGCCGAAGAGCCAGGUCACGCGAUGGAUGGAGGAGCUGGCAUGUGCAGAGGACUGGGACACUUGUGAGGUAAAGGAGGACCCUCUGCUGGACACCUCAACACACCUGCUGCUGUCUGCCUUCCUCACUCACACCUCCAUCACCCAGACGCAGCUUGGGAUACACUACUGCCCGGUGAUGAGGGAAGUGUUCCGGCUGGUGUACCACAUUCGCCGCCGUCUAGUCACUCUCAAGACUCAGGAAGUUACAGAGGGAGAGGAGCCAUCACGGGCAGGAUCAGAGGCAGCACAGGAGGAGGAAAGAGUGAGAGUUGAGAUCGUGGAGCAGAUGCUGUCCCUUACUGCCACUGCCAACCAGGAACCAGGCUCGACUGAAAACCAGGAGGAGGUGAGAGAGCUGAGGGAGCGACUGAUGGCCAUGAGGAACCCCAGGAACUAUGAGGACCAAGAGGGUGAGGAAGGGGGAGCAGAGGCGGCUGAGGGAGUGAGCUAUGAGGCAGCCAGCCAGAACAUCAUCACCCAGUGCCUGAUGCUGCUCAUGGCCAUCCGACCCGCACCGCUCCUGCCCAAGGCCACCACACAGCUGACAACCCAGGAGGUGCUGGUGCUGGUGAUGGGGCGGUGCAUUGAGGUGCUGAGGUUUGUAGGUGCGGAGGACCACCACCUGGCCUCCCACAAGACUUCUGCCAACAUGCCCCCUGGACCUGAUGUGCUCCUGGCAUCCAUGACCACGCAGCAGUCCAGGGCAGAGUCUCGCUUGGAGGCACUGGAGCUGAUGCUGAUACUGCUCACUCCAGCACAGGAGGGGGACAAGGAAGCAGCAACGACAGAAGACAAAGAGAAAGAGCAGCAGGAAGGGAAGCCACAGCACGUUUCCCUGGACAAGGCGUGUGGGGCUCUCCUUCCCUCGGUGUACCAUGAGGUGAUGACAGGCUGCUUUGGGCUGGAGAGUCUGUGGAGCAGCAGCAGCUACUCUCUGGUGCGCAGCCUGGAGGCCACCCACUACCUGGACGGCAUCAGGGCGGCCAGCCAGGGCACACAGCAGCAGAUUGCCAACACUGUGCAUGUCAUCUACCAGCACCUUGUCUCCUCCCUGCUGCUCCAUGAACACCCUGAUAAAGGCCUGAAGGAGAGACUCUGCCUCCUCACCAUCUUUGCACUCAGCGUCCGAUACGAAGCUGCUGACCUGAGCCUUGCUGUGUCCAGUGGCUUGCUGGACGCUCUCAUGAGGAUGUGCUGCCCCUACGACCCCCCAGCACUGCGCCACACUCCUCACCCCUCACCCUCUGAUCUCCUCCCCCAUGCUGCCCACACCCUCUUCCAGAUCCUCACCAUUCUGACAGGGUACUAUGCUGAUGACAUCUCAGAGACUGUGCUGUGCCAGGUGAUGGACCUGUUGUACCUCCAGGUGGAGGACCUGGUGAGUCACAUUGUGAAGGCCAAUGAGGCCUCUUGGAAGAAUCUUGGGCCUCAGGAGACCCCCUCUGUGCCCCAGGAGAAAGAGCCUGAGAAAGAGAGCUCAGAGGAGAAGGUGAGGGAGGAGGAGCCUGAGGUUGGUGAGGGUGAGAGUGAGAGUGAAGUGAAGGUAAAGAGGCCCGGCCAGCGGCGCCUGGAGCUGCGGCUGACCGGCCUCACCACCACCAUGAACACCAGCAACAACAAUAACAACAAUAACAACAACAUGGCAGACGCCAGGCGGAGGAGACACUUAGAGGUGACUCUGGGUAACCUGCUGGUGUUUGUGAGGCGGCUGUGUGUCAACCCCCGGGUGACGGCGGUGGUGGGGCGGCAGCCGUGGGUGAGGCUGCUGCUGCUGGUGACGGGGGAGCAGGAGACACACCUGCCGCAGGUGGUCAGCGUCAGAACUCGGGUGCUGGCGCUGACCCUGCUUGGGGCCACCCUCCCCUUCUCUGACCUGGACCUGGAGACUCGGGAGCAGGUGGUGCGGCAGCUGUUUGUGCAGCUAGCAGCCAACAUGUGGGUGGUGCCUUCGGCCCAGGCUCACCUCAAGGCCAGUCAGCUGCUGGCUGAACUUCAAAGGCACCUGACCAGGCUGUCCAGCCCCGAGUUGCUGGAGGAACAGUCACGGCCAGACUCCCCAGACGACAACCUGCCGGUGCAGGAGGUGGGCUUUGACCCGGACAAGUCUGUGUGCUGCUCAGUGGAGGGUGGCCACACCUUGGUGCACGGCCCAGGAGGGCGGGGUUAUGGCCUGGGCACCACCCCCAUCACCUCUGGCUGCUACCAGUGGAAGUUCCUCAUUGUGAAGGAGAAUCGAGGCAACGAGGGCACCUGCGUGGGCGUGUCCAAGCACCCGGUGAGGGACUACAGCCACCGCACCUCCUCUGACAUGUGGCUGUACCGCGCCUAUUCAGGCAACCUGUACCACAAUGGGGAGCUGAGCGUGUCCCUGCCAGGCUUCACGCAGGGUGACUACAUCACGGUGGUGCUGGACAUGGAGGCACGGACACUCUCCUUUGGCAAGAAUGGUGAGGAGCCCCGCCUGGCCUUUGAGAACCUGGAGGCUGGAGAGCUGUACCCCUGCGUCAUGUUCUACAGCACAAACCCCGGUGAAAAGGUCAAAAUGGUGGACAUGCAGGUGCGCGGCUCUCCCAGGGACCUGGACCCUGGUGACCCCCUGUGUGCCCCACAGGCUGCUGUGCUGGCCGAGGCACACAUCACCCUGCUGCGCCAGCUGCAUGAGGCGGCCACCUGGACGCAGCAGGUGAAUGACUGCAUCAUUGAGCGACUCAACCAGACCACUGAGUUGUUGCCCCAGCCCAGGGAGCCCCAGGAGGGGACAGACCCCGCCUCUAAGGGAGACUCAGAGGCUGAGGAGGCUGCCUCUGACCCAGAGCAGCAGCAGCAACAGGCCAGAGAAGACCAUGUAUUGACUCUGGAUGAGCGACUGGAACAGGAGGAGCAGGCCAAGAAGAAGGUGCCCAGCUCUGCGUCCAUUGAGGACAACCAAAACACCCCCAGGAAGGAGCAAGCUCACCCAUGCCCCAGCCCCGCCCCAGGCCGCCCCUCCACCAAACACAACCUGGUGUCUGAGAUGAACCUGGAGCAGCUGUGCAAGGAGGUGUACCCGGCUCUGGCCAUGAUUGGCGGCGUGGACAGUGGCCUGCGUGUGGGCAGCCAGUGCAUACAGAAGGGCACGGGGCGGCGUGCCAUGGUGCUGGGGGCGCUGCGGCAGGGCCAUCCUGCCAUCAAGGUGCAAUGGUGCGACUGGGACACCAGCAUCAGUGACGUGCCAGUGUCCCUCCUGGAGCCGGUGGAGCCACAGCCCUUCGAUGUGUCCAAGGUCACCGGCAUUACAGCUCGGGUCAUCACUCAGGUCAUGCGGCUGGCCGGCCUCACACAGGAGAUCGAGUUCCCAAAGGUGACAUAUAACCAUGAGACAGACGAGCUGCAGACCACCUCCUCCUUGUCCUCGUCUGGUAGCCUCAUCUCCCCACACCUGCCCCAGGCACACCUGGAACCUGGCCAAGCCCUCAGCUCCUCUGCUGCCAAGGAUGCCUCACAACACAAAGCCAGAGGAGGCUCAGAUGGGCUGACCAUGGACCUCCUGACAGACCAGCUGGUGACCAACAUCAUGGACCAGGUGACGGGGCGCUCGGCUGACAAUGCUCAGGGCUCUGACUCCCAGCAGCCUCCCCUGCGUGGCUCCCCCAUGACAGGAGAGCUGAGCCUGGAGGAGGGCAUGGCAUUGCGUCUAGCCUUCCUGCAGAGUGCCAGCCUGAGGGCCAUCUGUGCCAUCAUGAACUGCCCUCGCUAUGCUGAGAUGCUGCUGGUGCCAAGAGCCGUGCAGGAGAAGGACGUGGGAGAGAAGGGCAGCUCUGUGUCGCUGAUCCAUGAAGAGGAUGAGAUUCGCACAGCCAUCAGGGUUUUGGUGCGCAGCAUGGUGUCGGCCUGCACCCAGCCACAGCCACUCAAGAGGCAAGUGAGUGUGGCGGAGGUGGAGCGUUGCCACAUGGUGCUGCACAGCAUGUGUGUGCGGGCCUGGGCUGAGGACAGUCUGAGUGUGGCUGAUACUCAGUCCCGCAUCAUGGCCCUCACUGCCUCAGAGGACCACUUGCCGGACCAGAUGGACGAUGGGGCAGAACACUCCCAGAACGUGCUUUGUGAGCUGCCCUCUGCCACGGGUGAUGUGAGGCUGCCCCGCCGCCCCAUCACUUCCCUGGGGCUGCCCAUCACCGUGCCCUGUGCUCCCGCCACACACUCCGGGGGGGAGGUGUCUGCCCCACAUGUCCAGGUGUCACAGUCCACCCGUGCUGGUCACAACCCUCCCCGGGGCCGCUCCAUGGGCCCUCUCACACCUCAGAGUGCCCCACUGCCCCCCAUGGCCCAGAGUCACUCCCCCUCACCCCCCCUCACACCGUUACCACCCCUGCCGCCACCCAUCGCCACGCCCCUCCUGGAGAUGGGCUUCACACUCAAGCACAUCCAGAAGGCCAUUGCUGCUCAAGGACACAAGGGUGAGCCGUCAGCCACACAGAUCAACCAGCUGGUGACGUGGAUGCUGGAGCACCCGUGCAUUGAGGCGCGGGAACCGGGUGAACGGCGCCGCUCCCAUGACGACACCUCCGCCUCCACACUUCGCUCUGCUGCCCAGCUGAUGCGAGGGGAGCCAGAGGGACUUGGGGCACGACUCACCUCCACAGGCAGCCUGAUGAGACGCAGUGGCUGUGUGGACAUGCGCUCCUUCGUGCUGCCCUCCAGAGCCUCAGCCACAGGACGAGGCAUAGAGAGCAGCAGGGAGGCGGAAGGGACGCGGCCACAGCACGGGCGAGGGGAGGGCCGCUUCAGACACGGCCGCAUGACCUUUGACGACCAGCACCGUCCCUCGGAAGACUCCAUCGGUGCCCUGCCUAUUGACAUCGACCAGUGGUUCUCCAUCAGUGCCACACGGGACAGGGAGUGGCGGACGCUGAUAGAGGCGGCCAGCAGCACAGAUGGUGACCGUACCUUCAGCCUGUGUGAGGUGUGCCACCACUCCACCACCAACCUGCGGCAGCAUAUGAGAGUGGCGCACCCUGGAUGUGCUCGGCCCUGGAUGGCUGGCGUCUGUGGCACCCUCAUUGGUGGAACAUACAUCCUGUGUGAGGUGUGCCAGGAGCAGCAUGGGUGUUUUGGCAGCACUACCACCACCCAGGGAGAGCCCAUUGAGAGCCAGGACCGUCUCCGUGACCUGACAACUGUGCUGGCUCCUGACCUGGCUCCUGCACCCCUUGCCACCAUGGAAGAUGAUGGGUUGAGCAUGAACGAAAUUGACCUCAAACUGACGAGCUACAAUGUCAUCGCCUCGCGCCUCGGACUGACUGAGCGGCGACCCAUACCAGAGCCCAUGCCCUUCCCCUCUCCUGACCCCCUUGGAGCCUCCACUCUGGCCCCCUCCCUCUGUGACCCUCCUGAGGCACCUGCAGCUACUGGGACAGGGGCUCGACCCAAGGACACCAGCACCACCCCAGCACCAGACCGCAGUUUGGGGGAGCAGGCAGCAGCCCUCACCUCCCCUGUGGCACGCAUCUCAGCCCUGCGCCGCACCACCCAUGCCCUAAGGGUCACCAUGGCCAGGGCGGUGGUGAUGCGCGCCCUGUCCCUCCUGGCCCUCAGUGGCGGCUCCUGUGACCUGUGGGCUGGCCUGGAGGCGCUGGGGCUGUGUGACGUCAGGCUCCUGGUGCGUCUCAUGUGGCUCGUGGCUCAAGGUCGUGUCCCACUGGAUGGCUCAGCAAGGGCCAACGGGGCCACAGUGGCGGCCACAGACAUCAGCACCAGUCUGGCUCACCUCAGUGAUGCCAUUGGUGCCCUGGCCCAGAAUGACACAGAUGCUGCCAAGCUUCUCCUGCAGCUGUGUACUCAGCACUUGAUGGUGGCUGCAAUGGGCAUGUCCAGUGGAGACAUCAUAGGAGGCUCAGGGGAGGAGGACAUGGGUGAGCUGGGGCUGGGUGGGGAGCGGCAGGACUCCCGCACCCCCUCCAGCAUGCACCACACCACCAGCUUCCCCGUCACCCAGGCGCUGGUGUCCCUGCUGGCGGCCAACUCCUCCCUCAUCCACGUGGCUGGCAAGGCAGGGGAGGCCUCAUCACCUCUUGGCAAUGCUGGGGAGAGUCAGGGCGACCCAGCCAUCCAGCUGGCCAAUGCUCUCGGUGCCUGCAUCCUGUCCACCCACCUGCCACACUCACACCGCCAGUGGGCUGCCACACAGCUGGUGGAGUGUAUUGGAGGCCGGGCGAAGCUGGUUGAGGGUCACAGCGAAGUGUCUGGCUCAGGCAGCAGCAGCGGCACCAGCAGCCUGAGCAGUGCAGACUUCAGUCACUCCUUGCCCACCACACAGACCACCAUGCUGGAGGGACACACUGCCCCCGCCUCCAAUGCCCUGUGGCUGGAGGGGAAGAACCUCCUAGUCACCAGUGGACAUGACAGCUCAGUACGCACUUGGAAGGUUCACCAGCGAGGUGUCGGGAUGCAGGAGCACACACUGAUCUUCCAGCUGAAUGAAAACACCAGCAGCUACCCAACCUCUCACACCAAAGUGGAGUAUCUCACAUCCCUCUCGUCGGGCCGCUUCAUUGCCGCCGCCUUUGAAAACGUGCUCAACAUGUGGUCCAUGGUUGCUGGGACCACUGAGAUCUGGUCCAGCAGCAGCCCCAUCACCUGCCUGGAGGCUGCCCGGCAAGGCAUGUGUGACUGUGUGCUGAUGGGGCACCACGAUGGCUCUGUCACCAUGGCUGCUACCACCUCCCAUGGCCUGCUGCCCACCACACUGGUGCAUGCUGGGCGCCAGGAUGUGUAUGUGAGCAGCCUGGCGUGGCAAGAUGAGGACAAGGAGUUGGCAGUGGGCUUCAGUGACGGCGUGGUGAGGGUCUGCUUCGUCAACUGUGAGAUCGAUGUUGUCACCUGUGCCGCCCACCAGGGGCCCGUGUUGGUACUGGAGUGGAGCAGCAAUUGUUGUCUCCUUGCGUCAUGUGGGGAGGGUGGCACCAAAGUGUGGGCUCAGACAGGCGCUGGGGGGUGGACGCCGGUGUACUCCCUGGACUACAAGGCCCCACCCAUCACCCUUAGGUGGUCUCCUGUCAUCAGUGGUGUGCGUGAGGGGGUGUGCGCCCACAUGCUGGUGGUGGGCCACGAGGACGGACUGAUCACCGUGUGGAGAGUGCCACAGACGCCGACACCCUCAGGAGCCACGCAGUAUGAGGAGAGUCCGUGCUGCCUCCUUCAGCUACGUGGCCACCAGAAUUCCAUCACCUCCCUGGAUGUGUCCCUCUCAGGCCUCAUGUUGGCCUCAGGGUGUCAGAAGAGUAACAAUGGUGUGGUAAAUGUGUGGUCGCUGCAGGACGGCUCCCUCCUGCAGACGAUGGUGGGCUGUGGGGGUGUGGCCAGCCUCAAGUGGUGCGGCUCAGCGGGUCUGGCAAUUUGCUACACUCAGUCACAGAAUGUGACAUUUGUGCUGAUGGCGGACGAGCAAUUCUACAGCCUGCGUGUGGUGGCGCUGUGCCGCAUGAGACUGCAGCGCUGGGGCAUGUCUGGCCUGCACCAAGCCCCUUGCCUGCGUGCCCUGCUCUGCCACUUGCCGUCCCUCCUCCUCUCACAGUACCAUCAUGAGAAGCCCUUAGUGAUCAGCGGGGAACAGCUGGUGCACAGUCGGUACCUUCAGCAGCUGUGUUCCUUGGCUCUAUUGCUGCGUCUGGACAGUGUCUUGUGCACACAGCCAGCCCCUGUCCAUGUGGCCCAGCCUGAGCCAGUGGUGGAAUGGUCGUGGCUGGACACUCUGUGCACUGCUGUCGCCACCGCAGAGAGCCUUAGGGCACGCACACCCCUACCCUCCUCCUUUGUAGCACGACACUUUAAGUAUGCUGAUGACAAGGAGGAGCUGAGUGUAGCACUGAACAAUUCCAAGUGGGACGUGGAACAGGAUGCAGCCGUCAUGUCCUGGGCCACGCAGCAGCCAGCCGACUGGCAGGUGGGCGGCCGCUGCCACGUGUAUAUGUGGGGCAGUGGCCGCCAUGGACAGCUGGCUGAGACAGGCCGCAGCAGCCAGGUUCCAGUGCUGACAGAGACACUGGGAUGUGCCCAGCAGGUGGUGUGUGGUCAAAACUGUACCUUUAUUGUGACGGCCAACGGCUCCAUCCUGGCGUGUGGGGAGGGCAGUUAUGGACGGCUGGGACAAGGCAACUCAGAUGACCUCCACACCCCUACUGUCAUCUCAACCCUGCAAGGAUUUGUGGUGACCCAAGUGGCCACAUCUUGUGGGUCUGACGGCCACAGCCUGGCAGUGACAGACAGCGGGGAAGUGUUCUCCUGGGGCGAUGGAGACUAUGGCAAACUGGGGCACGGCAACUCAGACCGGCAGCGUCGGCCACGGCAGAUUGAGGCAUUCCAGGGGCAGGAGGUGGUGCACCUGGCAUGUGGGUUCAAGCACACCGCUGUGGUCACCGCUGAUGGCAAGCUGUUCACUUUUGGUAACGGCGACUAUGGCCGCCUGGGGCUCGGCUCCACAGCCAACAAGAAAUUGCCAGAGCGCGUGAUGGCCCUGGAUGGCUGGCGGGUGGGACAGGUGGCUUGUGGCCUCAACCACACUGUGUGCUGCAGCACUGACGGCAACACGGUGUGGGCCUUUGGUGAUGGUGACUACGGCAAGCUGGGCUUGGGCAACUCCACCUCUAAGUCCACGCCCCAGAAGGUGGAGACCAUGUGUGGCAUUGGGGUGAAGAAGGUGUGCUGUGGGACGCAGUUCACCGUGUUCCUCACCCGGGAAGGCUGUGUGUACACCUGCGGCAUGGACCGCCUCAUUGGGCAGCCUGAGUCACGCACCAGAGGCCACAACCGCCCCCAGCUGGUACCAGCGUUGGUGGGCCAGACAGUGGUGGAUGUAGCAGUGGGGUCAGAGCACACUGUGGCCCUCACUUCCACCGGGGAUGUGCUGGGCUGGGGUGUCAACAGUGAUGGCCAGCUGGGCCUGGGCCACUCUGCCGCUGUCAGGGAGCCACAGCUCAUCCGCACAUUGGUUGGGAAGGGCAUCCGGCAGAUCAGCGCUGGCCGCAGCCACAGCGCUGCUUGGACUGCACCUCCCCUUCCCCCUGUAACCCCUGGCAACCCUGCUCCCAUGCAGCUGGGGGUGCCUGCAUCUGUGCCCCCACAGUACCCCAACCUGCAGAACGUGUCCCGUGGUGCACUGUGUGCCCGCCUGAGGCUGCUACAUCAGUUCAGUGACCUGCUGUACUCUUCUUGGAAGCUGAUCACCCUCACGCCUGGUAGUGAGUGCUACCUGGACAAUGUGAGUGCUGUCACCUCGGGUGAGGUGCGCUCCCUGGUGUCCCCAAGAGUGUACACGCUGCCUCUGGUGCGCUGCCUGGGCCGCACUAUGGUCCAGGGCCGCAACUAUGGCCCUCAGGUGACUGUCAAGAGGAUUUCCAGCAGAGGGGUGCCCUGCAGGCCAAUCUUCACCCAACUGGCUCGGCAGGUGGUCAAGCUGAAGCCAUCAGAUCUGCGCCUGCCCUCCAGGGCCUGGAAGGUGAAGCUGGUAGGGGAAGGUGCUGAUGAUGCAGGUGGUGUGUUUGACGACACCAUGACAGAAAUGUGCCAUGAGCUGGUCACUGGUGCUGUGCCUCUCCUCAUCUCCACCCCCAACGCCAUCUCUGAUGUCGGCAACAACCGGGACCGCUUCCUCCUCAACCCUGAUCUCACCCAGGCCAAUCACCUCAUGUGGUUCAAGUUCCUUGGCAUCCUCUUUGGUGUUGCAAUUCGUACCAAGAAGCCCCUUGCCCUACCCCUCGCACCUCUUGUUUGGAAGCUGCUGGCCGGCAUCUCCCCAUCCUCAGCUGACCUGGAGGAGGUGGACAUCGAGUACAUGCAGACACUGAGAGCCAUCCGGGACAUUGAUCAGGAUGGAGUGACUGAGGACACCUUCCAUGACGUCAUUCCUCUGGAGAGCUUUGAGUGCAUGAGUCUGACAGGAGCAAGAGUGGCAGUGGUGCCUGGAGGCCGUGCUGUGCCCCUCACCUUCACCAACAGGCAGGAAUAUGUGGCCCGCACCAUCCAUUACCGUCUGCACCAGAUGGACCGACAGGUGGCGGCUGUGAGGGAGGGCAUGGCGUGCAUUGUGCCUGUGCCACUGCUGUCCCUCAUGACGGCAGCGCACCUGGAGCAGCUGGUGUGUGGCCUGCCUCACAUCUCUGUUGCCACGCUCAGGAAGGUGGUCAGGUACCGUGAGGUGGAGGAGCAUGACACGCUGGUGCAGUGGCUGUGGGCCAUCCUGGAGUCCUUCAGUCCUUGUGAGCGCGUCCUGUUUGUGCGCUUCGUGUCGGGCCGCUCCAGACUCCCGGCCAACCUGGCAGACCUCUCACAGCGGUUCCAGGUGAUGCGAGUGGACCGGCCAAUGGACACGUUACCCACAGCCCAGACCUGCUUUUUCCAGCUGCGCCUGCCACCCUAUUCCAGCCAGGAGGUGAUGGCUGAGCGCCUGCGCUACGCCAUCAACAACUGCCGCUCCAUCGACAUGGACAAUUACAUGCUGGCACGCAACCAGGAUCCGAACCAUCACUCAGACGACGAUGAGUUCUGAGAGGCGGCAGGCGGCGCGUUUGUGACUCGCACAUCGUGGACUGUGUCACCGUUGCUCUCCCGCACGCACACACAUACAUACACACACGCGCCCGUACUGCUGAUGAGUAACAUGAUGCGGCAUUCAAUACAAGACUCUUCAGAACAACACACAGAUGCACACGCACACACUCCACCAAUGAGUAACAUAACAUGGCAUUCAAUAUAAGAUUCCUCCAACCAACAGUCACUCUCUUCACAUUCUUGAGUAAUAUAAUGUGGCAUUCAUUGUGACAUUCCUCCAUUCCUCAGUGCAAGAUAAAAAUGCCUUGAUAAACAUACACUAUCCCAUAAAAACCUCUUGAAAACUAAGGAUCUGAUAGGAAUGUAAGUGAAUAGAUAGCCAAGACAUAGAUAGAAAGGGCUGUAUGCUAUUAUACUUUGAAAAAGGAGAAGUUCUUGGCACAGCUUCAUCAAAGUAUGCUGUUGUAGCAUCAGAUAGAAUGUGUUCAUCACAAGUCAACAUUUGUAUUUUGGAGACAUUCUUAACAGGAGCUGUAUUACACUACUGGCUGUUAGAAAAGGGACAGAAUAUUGAUAAGGUCUUGGUAGCUUUAUGGGGAAACUAUACAGUAUAUGAUGACGCCAUUUUGUACUUAUUAACAAGACCGACCACACCACUCACCGCAAGAUUGUCUUGACACAAGUAGAUGGUGUGCGUGAGGCAACAUUUGUACCAGUAGGAGAAACCAAUGUAGAACUUCUUUUACUUGGAUUACGAAAGAAAUAUUAGCCACGAGGGUUUUGGUCGGCUGCGAGAAACCUUUCACGUAUAGAAAUGGACGAGCAGAAAAUAUGAACACAAUUAUACUCUUUCAUUCAUAAGUGAUCACCAUAACAAUUCUAUGAUACACAUUGCCUUCUAGUGAUACUUUUACUUUGGUGUCAGCUUUACACUCGCUAAGGAAAGACGCAUUUAUCUAAGGUUUGCAUUAUUUUCAGUUGAGCAAAAGGUUCACUUGUUCCAGUAAUCAGGGUAAUCAGAGAUGCCUUGUGGUGAAGGACCAGGAAGGAGAUAAUAGGUUGUCCAGUGUUGUAGGCAAGUGUUUGUUUAGUUCACGUGAAGAACUUGUAGCGUCUACAUUUCCAGCAGCACCCGAGAUCAGUGUCUGGGUGUUUGUCCAAGCGUGUGUGCAUGUGUGCAUGUUCGUGUGUGCCCGUGUGUGCUUUGUCUCCUUUGCUAUUAUCCAGCGGAGCAGUUUUCUUUAUUCAGCAGGGGCACCACAGUCCUGUGAGGCAGGUGGUUCUUUAUAUAACAUUAGCCUAACCCCAUUUUUCAUGCUCAAAUACUUAUCACAGACUGGCUCAACAGGAACAUUUGCACACUGAAGAGCAAGUGCCAUAUCUGUGAUGGGGUAGAAGCAGUUUUUUGCAUUUGGAUGCUCACAGGGAUUGUUUGAGUCAGGCACACAUUGGUGACUUGGGACUCAGGCAGGGAAAGCAGUGAGUUGCAAGGUAGCAGCCCACUUGUACUCAGCUUCUCUUUGACUUAUUGCUACACUAUCUCACCUUCCCUUUCUUCCUGAUGCCUGUGAGUCCUGAGUUUGCCGAUUUUAUAUGCAUGCGCUUGCUAAUCAAGAUGUACUGGAAUUUUAUACUGUUAUUGUCAAAGUUUAUAUCCUCAGUAGAGGGUCAUGGACUUCCUAGGUAUGGCAGUUUUUGUUAUUAUAUAUGCUCAUAUACUGCUGCCAAAGAAUGGGAUUAUGAUUUGUAUUUUUGACUUGAAUUAGAGGGUUGGGUCACUCUCUAAUGUAGCUCCCAGAUUGCAGCCUUAAGGUUCAGAGUUCAGUCGUGGCAGCUUUUCAAUGGAGGAGAUAGCGUUCUCUCAUAACCCUAGCCAGCGCCGCAUAAUGUUGUUGUUGCAGUGCUGCAACUCGGUAAUAAUAGUGAAGAUAAAUCAUUGCUGCUGAGUUUAGGCAGAGGAAAGCUUUGUGGUGCUUGCAGCUUCCAUGUAUUCCUUCAGUACACUCUUGAGAACAUUCUUAACAUGGCUAACUUUUCUCUCCCCUAUUUUUGUAAAGACAAGAUAUCAUGCUUUUUAUACAAGGCUUCAUUCCUAACUAGCCCUUCCUUCCUUGACCUUCUCUACCUGUUCUCUGUUGACAAAGCUGAACUGAAGGUGGACAGAAGUGUUAUAAUAUAUUUACUCUUCAUUCACAAAGUCAUGACAUUCCAGAUGAGUAUUUAUUGAGUCUGAAAGCUGCAGCAUCCUUGUCUUCUUCUUUCAUCUUGAGAGGAUCACUUGUUGGAGGUGUUAGAAGUGUGAUGCUUAAGAAGCCACACCAAGAGGAUGUGGCUGAGUUAGGUAGCACUUUUACACGCAAGUUUUGAAUGCAACUGUGUGAUUUUAACGUUACUAACCGUUUUUUCUAGCCAUGACUUCUUGCUCACUUUUUUUUACAUACUGGUGUCUGUUAAAUGUUUGCCAUAUUUGUUAAUUGUUUUACUGCAAGGUGGGUUUCCAAAGUGGUUGUGUGUUACCCCACUUGUAAAUUUUGUUAUGUAAGUGUUCAAUUUUUAUUGUUUUUAUAAGUGGCCAAAGGACGUACUUGUGAUAUGUGAACAAAACAAGAUGAGAACAAGAUAUCUCAGCUUCACCCAUCUGAGGACAAUGAUGCAACCUUGUCCCUCCAGUACUUGAUCCCAGUGAAGGCAAAGCUGAGACAGUCUUGCUGCAGACUGAAGAGCACUGCUGAACACUAUACGUACCACAGGAAACACAUUGAGGGGUAUUUACUAAGUGUGUGUCUUGUUUUUCCAUCUCUAAUAUUUUUACGCCAGUGUCAGGCUCACGUCACUUUCUCAGUUCAAGGGCGACAAAGAUUACUUCCCGUGGUCUUCUUUCCAGGGCAGGUCAUUGCUUAUAUUCCUAAACUCUUCAGUGUCCCAUCUUGACUGCUUUCAACAGGCUGUAGUGGAGUUAUUGGGGUUUGCAAGGUUGUUUUUUUAUGAUUUUUGUGAUAAUUUAGCGAGGAUCGAGUGUCAUCAAUACGAAACUUACCCAUGAGAAUUGACUGAUCAUCCCUGUGACCUUUGAAAGUAGUCCUGGUGAGAGAGCUGAGCGUUUAAGAAUAUACCUGUGUGUGUACAAUCUGCAGGGCUCUCAAAGGUGCAUAGUAUAAUGGUUAUUGUGCUAGUCAUCUUUUGUUUGUUUGUGUAAGACUUCCGAAUCUCGUAUGUACGUGUGUAAAUUUACCAUUAUUUCUGUAUAUGUUUGCUUUCCUGGUGUUAGGUAUGUACAAGCUGUGAUUGCUGUUGAUUUAUCUUGCCUAUUUAUUUAUUGUUAUGUAAAAGUUUUGAAUGUUAUUUGUUUACUUUAGUACACUCUUAUACCUCAGUCACGUGUGUCCUUAGAUUUAGUGGCAGUCCCCCCCUCUCCCUCUCCCUCUCCCUCUCCCUCUCUCUCUCUCUCUCUCUCUCUCUCUCUCUCUCUCUCAGUGUGUUCCCUAGCCCAUAGUCUUGCUUUCAAAGACAGGCAGAACACAGCCUCCCUCCAGCACCAUCCCUCAGCACUCCUGGCUCCCCUCCCUCCCUCCCAGACCUCAUAACACGUGUAUUUCAAUCUCUGGUUACUAUUCAGCUAGCAUGUACUGUCCAACACAUAAGCAGGUCGUGAUAAAUGCUUAUCAGAGUUCGGCAUUUAUUCUGCAGUGGUGGGUGUUAUGGAGGCGUUUUGUUUCACACGCUUGUUUUUUGUGAUCCUUGGAUGGCUGUACCUUGGGGAGUAAUAGAGAACCUUACUUUGGUCAGCGUGGACAUGACGAGCUUGAUUCAGUCCUGUAAAAACACAACUAGAUAAAUAGUACUCCAUGGCUUCCCAGAACACCCUCCUGCCUCGCCAGCCUCACCAGGGGAUGAACUGAGUGGUGCUGGGCUGGACUGACGGACUGGAGAGCAUAGUCUGGCCAUCGUAAGGUCUGUGUCUGGUUAAAAGACUCACCUGGAGAAUCAAUUUCUACCUGUAUUCAUCAGGAUAGUCAAGUUAAUCUACACUCUCUCAUCAUUUCUUGCAAUAAAAGGAACUUGUCACGAAAAAUAGUUGGUUAUUGUAUUUUGGCAACUUCAGAUCACUGUCACUCUCUCUUCAUAAUUCACUACUUAACAAGACUUUCUUAACAAACUUUAAGGCCUUUUCUAUCUAGUCAGUCAUUUCCAGUUAUCUGCACCCCAUUACCUUACUGUCCUUUCCCUCUCUUCACUUUUCUUACCUUACAUCCCUCUCACUCUCUCCCAAGUGACAGUCUCCUCCUCCAGGUCCACCAGCUGGCAUAACAUUUCUGAGGAGCUUGAACAGUGAUGGUCAAAAGCCACAUAAUCUUCUGUACUCAUUCCCACUGUGCUUUGUUUUCCUUCAACAUUAAGUCCUCUGACCCACUAAGAGUCUGUUAAUUGUCUGGCUUCUUAAGGGUAGUAUCAAAAGAUCAGAAGACUUCAGAUUGAGGAAUGAAGCAAAACACAGUGGAAGUGAGUGCAGCAUGUUAUUUGACUUCUUACUAUGAUUGUAUAUAUAACUAUACUGAAAGAACAGAUUGACUUGGUAGGUUCUAAAUGGCCUGAAUGUGUAGUCAGUAAACAGUAGCCCAGCCAGUCAGUCAGUCAGUCAGUUUGAUCCUGGUGUGGCAGUACCCAGAGGCAGUUGUGUGUUGCCCCCAUCCAGCCUUCCAUCAUCGCCACACAAGCUUCACAAAUAUAGCAGUACUUGCGGACCAGUGGCAGACCAAGUGUUAUGAACCAAGACGUGUUUGAGUUUCUAGGUACAUUGAACUUGCUGUUUGUACUCGCUUGACGCAGAGAAAGUGAGCGUGUGGAUGGAUGUGUUUUUUGUAUUUUUAUAGUAGUAGAUGCACCUCCGCCCUCAGCCCCACCCAUCCACCACCACCACCACCACCAGCCAGGCAGCUCCCGCCUACCCCCAGCACUCACUCCCCUCUGUCAGUGUUAAUAGCCAGUGUAUAAUCCCAUCACAACUAAAAGGUGGUCUCCUUAACCUCUGUGGUAAUUCAGUACAUUGUCCACUUAACUGUAGACGUCUAAAUUAGAAAAAUCUUCUGACCAAAUUGAUAUUAAAUUGUUACUGAGAAAAAUAUUCUGUAUAAUUAAAUCCAAUUUUUAAAUGUUUCGUUAAAUUUAUACAGCUUUUUUUACUUUGUGGUUUUCAUUCCUUAAAUUGGUUGUGUUUGUUACUUUUGUUCCUUUGGUAUCAUUAUCAUCAUUAUCAUCAUCAUCACCAUUGUCAUCACCUAGUGUUCAUCAUCAGUUGGAGAGAGUGGUGAUUGGAGGUAUAAAAGCCCCAAAAAUAAUCUUGAGACCUGACAGUUUGGCUAUAAUGUUUGAGGUAUUGUACUCUGUACCUUAGUGUCAGCAUUGGGGGUUCAGUCCCUGGCCAGGGCAUUACAGCUGAAGGUUCAUCUCGCCUUCAUAUAAGCUUCUCAGUGCUUUUCUGAUGCUACAAAGGGAAGCAUUUCAUGAGGAUAAAUUUUUUAGUAAUACACAGUGCAAAACUUAUUGAUUUAUUAAUUUGUUUUGGGAACUUUCAAAAUAUAAACAUAUAAAAAGUGUUCAUGUUCCCGCACUCUUAAAGAAAUACAUAAUAAACUUGUAGUGUUGCCCAUAAUUACUGACUCGCACAUCACACUUACACUGACUAAAUAUAAACUGUAGUGGAAUGCUUUUUAUGCAAUACCAGUCUGAGAACUUCAAAAAGAGCAAAUGAAAUAGGUUUUACCAUUCACAGAGACAGCACAAAACUAACAAAUCUAACCUUUAUUGCUUCAGCUGGAAUUCCACUCAUCACAAAAUUAUUCAGACACCAGAGUGAGGAAUCCCUUCAUGCAGAGAGAGAGAGAGAGAGAGAGAGAGAGAGAGAGAGGAAGAAGGGUCCUGUGGUAGCAUCAAGAGCUUCUGCAGAAGUACUCCUAAUUCACAGGUAUUGAUCUAAUCAUUUCACUGCUACACAAUUCCAUAAUCACCUGCAACACUUAAACACUUUCGCCACUGUCUUAUUAACCGACUAGCCAGGAAAAGACAAAAUUGAUUAUCUAUUUUGUCUUCUCUCUGUCACCACUGUCUUGUAAAUAAUUGAGUAGCUGAGAAAAGACCAGA